GCGCAUCGCUGAACCCAACACUUUCUCAUCCAAGCUAGUGUUCAUCAUGCCACCCAAAAAGCCUGAGCCAAAGAAGGAAGAACCCAAGCCUGUGCCCAAAGCUCCAGAGCCCGAGCCACCCAAGGAGCCUUUAUUUGACCCCUCCACUGUCACAAUUGAAUUCAGUGUAGAUCAAAUUGAAGAAUUUAAGGAAGCCUUUUCCCUCUUUGAUCGGACCCCUACAUGUGAGCAAAAAAUCACCUAUGGGCAGUGCGGAGACGUCCUGAGAGCUUUGGGACAGAAUCCAACCAAUGCAGAAGUUUUAAAAGUCCUUGGCAAGCCAAAAGCUGAAGAAUUAAAUCUUAAGCUGAUGGAUUUUGAUACAUUCCUGCCCAUGCUCCAACACAUUUCCAAGUCAAAGGAGAAGGGGACAUACGAAGACUUUGUUGAAGGGCUGCGUGUGUUUGAUAAGGAAGGAAAUGGUACGGUAAUGGGAGCUGAAAUCCGUCACGUCUUGGCUACUCUCGGGGAAAGAAUGACAGAAGAAGAGGUAGACAGGUUACUGCAGGGGCAAGAAGACCCAAAUGGACUCAUCAAUUAUGAUGCCUUUGCGAAGUACAUCUUGGCAAACUGAGCACAAGGUAAUAUUGUUGGAAUUUGCCAAAUAUUAGAACUCAUUUUGAAAACCAAUGCUGCAGAAAUUCUAGUUGCCAUAUUUUGAAUCCAACAAUCAUAACAAGGGUUGACACGCAUAUAAUUACACAGGAACACCAUUCAGAAACACACGGAGAUCACAGGGUUGUUCAGCUCUGCAUCCAAUGAACCAAUAAAAUCACUGACCUACUCUUCCAAA